CUCGGGUUCAAGACUUGCUGAUCGAGCAACCACAUCGGAGCAACGCAUCCUUGAACUUGAACACUCUUUUGUUCUCCCUGCCAUCAGAGACUGCACUGGUCGGAGUCCUCAUUCCCAAUAAUGUCAGACACUGGACUUAUUCAUAGCAUCCACGACCAUCAACCCCCAGUACCAAUACUAGCAAGUUCAAAGUUGUUUUUGUGCAUCAUGCCUAUCGCUCAGAUUGCAAUUGGUGCAGUACAUCUGGAUGACUGUCCGCAGCAGCACUACAUCCCCAUCUAUUUGAUAGUGGCGGGAGUCUUCGGCCUGGUGCUGGCGCUACUCGCCUGCCUGCCGUGCACCCAACAGCCCAAAGACGGCACCACCAACCUGCUCAGUCGAGUCUGCGCCACCUGGAACUCGCUGAUGUCUCUCUUCCUCUUCUGCUGGUUUAUUGCCGGUAACGUGUGGAUCUACUCUAUUUACGAGCCCAACUACAACAAGAACACAACAGAUGUGGAUCCCUACUGCGACAAGACACUGUACCUGUUUGCCUUCUGGACCACCAGCUUGACCUACAUCUUCCUGGGUCUGGCCCUGGUAUGCAGCUGCUGCUUCACGAUGUGCUGCCGAGACACCUAGAGACGAAACAAAACCAAAGAGGAGGCGGGAUGCGUCUUGCGGGGCUGCACGCGACGCUGUUAGUUUGUCUGUUGAACAUGUACGAAGGCCCAUGUCAGGGACUGAGCUGGCAUGAGGAGUCAAGGUUAAAUUUUCACAAAUAAUAAUUUUAUUCACAAUUUUUUUUUUGAAAAUAAUCAAUUUACAAAAUAUACAAAAUGUUCUGGGCCCAUAAAAGAGGUCAACUAAACAGAGCUUAACUCAGGCUACAUUAACUGAACAAAUUGAACAUGCUAUACCAACCAACCAAAUCGACCUAACUAAACUGAGACACAAACUCAAAUAACGAGAAACCACUGCCUCUCCCCAUGAUUUUGGCCAACAUGGUGUAGCCUAAUCAUCGGCACAACCCCUUUUAAGCGUCUCUGAUUCAGCCAGCCCUUCCUUUGUCGGCCAUGGGACACCUUCAGCAGCAGCACCCAGGAACUGGUAACUCAAAGAAAACUGAAUUGAUGCAGUGAAAAAUAACCUAAAUGAAUUCACCUAAUAAUACUACCAAAAAUUGACAAAGAAAGUUAACCAAUUGUGUGCACCCUAAAAAGAU